AUGAAAAAUUACGAUAUUUUACGAUUAUUCUGCCAAAAAAUUUAUUUUGUUGGUUCCGGAAAUUUUUGGUAUGAAAAGGGAAUCGGCGACGACAAUAGUUUACUUUAUAUAAUUUACAGCACUAUUUUAUUCUUUAUGUAUGGAUCUAUGACACUGCUUGAAAUUUUGGCCGCUUUGUUUGGAGAAUUUCCAGAAGAUGAAAAACACGACUCAAUAGCAUUUGCAGUAAGCCACACUGUUGUAAUGAUAAAGAUACUUUCUGUUAUUUUAAAUAAACGACUGAUUAGAAAAUUGAAUUUUGAUAUGGUACGUGUUUGUAAGAACUAUGAGGAGAAGUCAUUACAGGACGAAAAAUAUCGCAUUAUUAAAAUUAACGUUAUUGCAUACUUUGCUACAGUCUACGGUUCAGCGAUCUGUUUUAUUGGAGAAGGUUUAAGGAAAAUGUUCGAAGGAUCUCAUUUUGUCACCGUAGUGACUUAUUAUCCUUCAUUUGAAGAUGAUUCUUUCCAAGCAGUACUUUUUAGAAUUUAUAACACCAUCGUACUAUUUUUGAUGAUGAUGACAAUGAUAGUAUCAGUUGAUACUUUUACUAUGGUUAAUCUUAUAAUGUUUAAAUAUAAGAUAAUUACAUUACGACAAUAUUUUGAAAAACUAAACGACGACUUUGAUAAGCUUAAUGAAACUGGCGACACGAGAUUAGCUGCAGACACAUUAAAAAAUGGUUUAAUUGAAGGUUUUAAAAUGCACGUGGAGUUAAUAAGAAUUUUAAAGGUUAUUGACGAAGCAUUUGGGAUUGUGAUGGCAUUACAACUAUGUCAAAGUUCCGGUUCAGCUGUAGCGCUGCUACUCCAGAUCGCACUCUCCGAAAAAUUAACGUUUGUAGCAAACUUAAAAAUAAUUUUCUUCGUUUUUGCCCUGUUUUUCUUGUUAGGACUUUUCCUAUGCAACGCGGGAGAAAUAACAUAUCAGGCUACGCUGUUAGCGGAUUCAAUAUUUUAUUGCGGUUGGCACGCGUGUCCUGCGCAAUAUAAACCUGGUGGACAAAAGAUAGGGCAACUUGUGUUACUGGCUUAUACUCAAGCGCAGAAACCAUUGGUUAUGAAAGCUUUUAAAAUGGUCGAGCUUACGUAUAGCACCUUUUUAUUGGUUAUAAAGGGAACAUAUUCAGUGUUUGCCUUAAUUUAUGCACAAAGUAGUGAAUGA